GCAGCGAUGAGGUCUUCAGUUGCUGACCGUGCGGACACCGGUUGCUCGGGACGGAUUUGUUGUGGACCGAUCCAAUUAUACCGGGCCAUACAUAUGCAAAAGAGGUUGUAAUCGACGCCACGUACAUGUGUGUAACAAGCACUCGGUGAAACUGAUAACAACAUGUGAUGGACAGUGUAACGGUUUCGGAACUGUUUAUUCUACUAACAAGUGUGUAGUAAGAAUCGCGGUUGAACUGCAAGUACUCGGUCAUUUGGUUCCGUGAACGAACAGACAGUGCGUGACUGGUGUUUGACCUGUUGUGGUUCAGUGAAGCCUGUUGACAGUGCAAUAAUCAGUAGUGUAACAAAAUCAAAAUCCGUCCAGCAGUGCUUAUCGUAUGUUUACUUCGUCAUGCAAAUAUUUGAAGAUAGAUUUCUGCUAUAUCUAAUUCAACAGGCAUACGAAACCGGACAGUGAACACCGAAGAACAUUUCGCAAGGCGAACGCAAAUUUUUUUGCUUCGCCUCAGUUUGAUCAUACCACACUUUUGCUUUGCCUUGGCUGGGACUGGAAGUUCUGGUCCGGUCCGGUCCGGUCAUACCGCAUACCUUCCUACGUAAAACGGCGAAAACGGAACGCCAACACACAACAAACAACAGCCCACCGCGCCCGUCCGUAUCGCUGCGGCGCAGGCUGCCACCAUUCCUCGGUAGCUUCUUGGCAGUCGCAGCGGUCUGGUAGCCGACGCGCUAAUGCUGCUAUCAUCUAGCGCUCGCUAGUGUUUGGCUACGUAGCGGCUACGUAGCAACUCGGCGCGGCGGCAGCGUAGAGGUGUGCAAUCAGUGCAGUACUCAAACCGUACGGCGCCGUGGGGUGGUUCCUGGAAGGACUUAGACAGUAGGCCUCGUUCUCCCAUCGACGGGGUUAUUGUUUUGUUUGUCAUUUACCGUGAUCUCAAGAUGGCUAAUCGACCUCUUCGACAAGUAAUCAUUAACUUCAACAGCGCGCGGUUUCACGCGUGAUCGCUAGCUACUAGCUAGGGAGCAGAACGGACCCAGAAAAAAGAACGCCAAGAAAAACUAUAUCGCUCACAGAAAAAGCGUACGCAAAGAUAAGAAUGAGUGACGAACGAAGAAAAAAUCGCUGAAUAAAAUGAUAACGCGAGUGAGACAGGCAAAAAGUAACAAUUAUAAAUUCAUACAUGGAAAUGAACAAUUUGUGAACGGACCGACGACAGUGAGCACUUGCCAGCGGUCGGUGUAAUGUGUGGCAGCGUUGGUCGCCGACAGUCAAGUGGCCAGACAGUUGUGUUUUGUGAAGCCUUAUUCUAAGAAGCGGAAGUUACAUACAACCUGCAUUGAUAUCAAGCAAGCGGCCGGCACGAGACGUUAAGAUUUUCGUUUUCGAUGAGUGUCAGCUGAACAUACAGUAGUGCACUGCGAUUUUCCACCGAACCACACCGUUGUUGUUACGUUGAUGUUGAUGACAACUGUUGCGUCCCUCGGUAACGGUUCGAAAAAUAAUGAAUGGGAUCGCCUAUCUGUACGGAGCAUUCCUGUUAAUACUGAGUCAGCUCAAGCUGUCGCGACAGUUCCCACAGAGCAAUUCCGUUACUUACACAUACGAGGGCGCCGUUCCGCGGUCUGGCUCUCUAGAUGACAGCUACGUCGUAGGCGUUAUCGAGUUUCGACCAGAGCUACUUAACAUCGAGAUACGCCAGCGAACGGAAUUGCACCUUGAGGCAUACGAGCAAUUAGCUCAAUCCGAGGAUGCAAAGCUAGUCGACAUCAUUGUCUUUCCUGAACUCACCCUCAACACUCUCUCGGAUCCAGUUUACGUUCCAGAUCCGCAGGAUCACCUAACACCAUGCCUGGAAGACUCGCCGGAACUGUUGUCUCGGCUCUCCUGUUUGGCAGCCAAAGUUGGCAAAUACAUUGUGAUAAACCUGUCCGAGAUCUUUGACUGUCAGGCUGCCCUCGAAGAGGAUCCCAGACCAUGUGGGCCGCAUGGUUUUCACCGGUACAACACGGAUGUCGUGUUCGACCGUAACGGUGCUGUGAUAGCGCGAUACCGCAAAUUUAACCUAUUCCGAGAGCCGGGGACCAACACAACCCACCUCCCGGAGUUGAUAACAUUCGAGACUGAUUUUGGUGUGAAAUUCGGACUGUUUACCUGUUUCGAUCUGCUGUUUGCUCAGCCGGCGCUCGAGCUAAUCAAACGCGAUGUGAAAAAUUUUAUUUUUCCAGCCAUGUGGAUUUCAGAGCAACCCUUUCUCACUGCCACGCAGAUCUUCGAGAGCUGGGCUUACGCGAAUAACGUUAAUCUAAUAGCGUCGGGUACUAACUACGAUCCGGCUGGCAGUACUGGUACGGGUGUGUUCAAUGGUCGAAACGGAGCUGUGUUUUCAUUCAUGACGGGGGAACCAAUAAGAAAAUUAUACCCCGUUCGCGUACCAAAAAUAAGUAACAACCCGGUCUCCAAGCCACCAGUCGAUGAAAAAACCGUUUCCGGUAGAAAGCAUGGUAUCCUUCUGGAAAAUAUUCGCAUGGGUCGGGACGUGCUGGAUCAAUUCACUACGAUGCAAAUCAAUCCCCAGCAAUACCAUGACGAAAUUGGGCAAAUAAUUUGUAAUGGUGACUUCUGUUGCGAUUUUAGCGUAACUCUGACCGUAAUCCCCGACAGAGAAAUUACGCACCACUACCGGUUCGCUGUUUUCGACGGUGAACGAUCCUUUCAGGAUUACGCAUUCGCACAUGUGUCUACGUGUGGCGUCUUUGCCUGUCGUAAUGAAUCGAUUACGAGCUGUGGACUUCCCAUGCAUGAAAAUUCCAACUACUUGGAGUUCAACGAGAUUAACAUCUCAGGGAAAUUUAUUGCGAACGGAACACUGGCGAUGCCCAAUUCGCUCGAUGACAUGCUGCACUCGCUGGACGCCGAUCGGUAUCAGUUCUAUUCAAGUUUCAACUAUUCAUCCAAUCAGCAGCAUGUUCAAUUGACACUUUCCAGCACGGUGGCUAAUCUUCAAACAUUCGCUAUCUACGCGUUCAAUCAUAACAACUUUGAGUUUUUCAAUCCGAUUGAAGUACCUCCGGUGGAAACUACAACGGUCGAUAAUGGCGACACGGACGAUAAUGGCGAUGGCGGAGCUCAGAUUUCUACCAGCAAAUCCAAGGCGCUUCUGCUAGUGCUGCUGGUCAGCUUGGUUGUAUUGAUUUAGGUUCGGUACAACCACGUACACUAUACCGGUUUAGAGCGAUAGUUCAGUAUUUGUUUAGAGAAAACGCUCAAAGUGUUUUUGGUGUAAAUAUUGUAAAGCUAGUUAGUAAACUAAGCAUAGGAUUAUUAUUUUGCAUGCCAAAUUAUUAUAUUUAUGUGAAAUGUUUAGGAAGCGAUCCACGCUAGGUAUUGUUUGGCGCACUUCGAGCAAUAAGUUACCAAUGAGAAAGCGUUUAUUACAAAUUAGGUAAUGAAACAAGUGAAAUAUAGUCGA